AUGGCACCAAAGGAAUGGAGUAACUUCCAUGUGGGAAGAGAAUGUGGUCAUCACACAUGGGCUCGACGCAAUACCCCAAAACUAACCGUCUCUUCCGGCGAGACGGUCACUUUCGAUGCUAUCGAUAGCAGCAAUGGCCAACUCAACUCUUCAUCCACGGCUUCGGACAUCAAGACAUUGGACUUCGGCUCAGUGAAUCCCGUCUUCGGCCCGAUCUAUAUGAACGACGCCCAACCGGGCGACGUCCUGAAAGUCGAAGUGCUCGACCUGGAGGUCGCCGAUUGGGGCUGGUCCGCUAUCAUCCCGGGCUUUGGUCUGCUGGCAGACGAAUUCACAGAGCCCCAGAUCAAUAUCUGGAAACUGAACCGCGAAGCCGGCUUCGCCCAGUUCAAAGACAUGCGCAUCCCCCUACGUCCCUUCCUCGGAUGCAUGGGUCUCGCCCCAGCCAGCGACGAAGAAUUAUCGACCGUUCCGCCCACCAACGCCGGUGGCAACAUGGACUGCCGUGAGCUCAGCGUUGGUUCUACCGUCUACCUCCCCGUCCAGACUGCCGGUGCCCUCUUCAGCUGCGGUGAUGGUCAUGCUGCCCAGGGCCAUGGCGAGGUCUGUGGUACCGCUAUCGAAACCCCGAUCCGCGCUACGCUUCGCUUCGAGCUCGUCAAGAACCAGCCCUGGAUUACCGCCCCACAAUUCCAGACGCCGCCUCGCGCACAAAUACCGAACCCUCUUCCUGAUCUUGGAACUUACGGUGCUAUGGGUAUCUCGUCUGAUCUAUACGAGGCUACCAGAAGCGCCACUCGGAACCUUAUUCAGUGGCUGGUGCAGACGAAGGGUCUCACUCGCAGUGAGGCCUACAUUAUUGCCAGUGUCGCUGGUGAUUUGCAGAUUGCGGAAGUGGUCAACGUGCCCAACUUUGAAGUGGCGAUGACUCUGCCAUUGGGCAUUUUCUCUUGA